CCCUUGGGGCGGUCCCUCCGAAGGAAGAGGCGGAGCUUUUGGAGAAGAGGGCGUGAAGCUUCCACUUCCGGAAAUAAAACGGGCAACGAGGGAAGCUCCUGAAUCGGCGACAGAGAAUCCCAAAGGAUGCAGGAGGACGGAGGAGCCCGGCGGGGGAAGGAAGGAAGCGCCGCCCGAGAGGAGGAGGAGAGCGGGCCCCGCGGAGCAGCCCUGCCCGGUCCCGGCGCGGCUUCCCCGGGAGACGGCGGGGAAAGGCCGGGGGGCUCCGGGGCUGCCGGAGGGCUGAGCCCAGGGGGAGCCCGGGAAAGGCGGCUGCCUGGAGGGCGAUGCGGGGAGGAGGAAACAGGCGGAGACCCCGAGACGGUCCUGGAGGGCGGAGGCUCCUUCGGAAGACCCGGGAGGCCCCCGAGGAUCCAGGAGGGAGGAAAAGAAUUUCAGUGCCCGGAAUGUGGAAAAUCCUGCAGAUAUAAGGGAGAUCUUCAAAGGCAUCUAAGGAUCCACUCAGGAGAGAAACCUCAUAAAUGCCUGGAGUGUGGAAAGAGCUUCAGUCGUAGGAGCAGCCUUUAUAGACAUCAAACAAUCCACACAGGAGAAAAACCAUAUAAAUGCCUAGAAUGUGGAAAGCGCUUCACUCAGAGGAGCGGCCUUUAUAAGCAUCAAAGAAUCCACACGGGAGAAAAACCUUAUAAGUGCCUUGAAUGUGGUAAGAGCUUCAGUUAUAGCAGCCACCUUUAUAGACAUCAAAGGAUCCACUUUGGAGAGAAACUGAAUAAAUGCCUGGAGGAAGGACAGGCCUUCGGAAGACACGGGAAUCCCCAAAGGAUUCAGGAGGGAGGAAAGAAAUAUCAGUGCCCAGAAUGUGGAAAAACCUUCAAAAGAAAUGUAGAUCUUCAAAGGCAUCUAAGGAUUCACUCAGGAGAAAAACCUUAUACAUGCUUGGAGUGUGGAAAGAACUUCAGUUGGAGCAGAACCCUUUAUGUACAUCAAAGGAUCCACACUGGAGAAAAACCUUAUAAGUGCCUGGAGUGUGGAAAGAAGUUCAGUUGGAGCAGCCACCUUUUUAUACAUCAAAGGAUCCACACGGGAGAAAAACCUCAUAAAUGCCUUGAAUGUGGAAAGAGCUUCAGUCAGAGCAGCAACCUUUAUGCGCAUCAAAGGAUCCACUUGGGAGAGAAACUGAAUAAAUGCCUGGAGGAAGGACGGGCCUUCGGAAGAUGCGGGAAUCCCCAAAAGAUUCAGGAGGGAGGAAAGGAAUAUCAGUGCCCAGAAUGUGAAAAAUCCUUUAAAACAAAUGACUAUCUUGAAAGCCAUCUAAGGAUCCACUCAGGAGAAAAACCGUAUAAAUGCCUUGAAUAUGGAAAGAGCUUCAGUUGGAGCAGCAGCCUUUAUAAUCAUCAAAGGAUCCACUUUGGAGAGAAACUGAAUAAAUGCCUGGAGGAAGGACGGGCCUUCGGAAGAUGCGGGAAUCCCCAAAAGAUUCAGGAGGGAGGAAAGGAAUAUCAGUGCCCAGAAUGUGAAAAAUCCUUUAAAACAAAUGACUAUCUUGAAAGCCAUCUAAGGAUCCACUCAGGAGAAAAACCGUAUAAAUGCCUUGAAUAUGGAAAGAGCUUCAGUUGGAGCAGCAGCCUUUAUAAUCAUCAAAGGAUCCACUUUGGAGAGAAACUGAAUAAAUGCCUGGAGGAAGGACGGGCCUUCGGAAGAUGCGGGAAUCCCCAAAGGAUUCAGGAGGGAGGAAAGGAAUAUCAGUGCCCAGAAUGUGGAAAAACCUUCAAAAGAAAUGACUAUCUUAAAAGCCAUCUAAGGAUCCACUCAGGAGAAAAACCUUAUAAAUGCUUUGAGUGUGGAAAGAAUUUUGGUCAAAGCGGCAACCUUUAUAAACAUCAAAUAAUCCACACAGGAGAAAAACCGUAUAAAUGCCUAGAAUGUGGAAAGAGCUUCAGUUGGAGCAGCCACCUUUAUAGACAUCAGAGGAUUCACUUUGGAGAGAAACUGAAUAAAUGCUUGGAGGAUGGAUGGGCCUUCGGGAAUCCCCAAAGGAUUCAGGAGGGAGGAAAGGAAUUUCAGUGCCCAGAAUGUGAAAAAUCCUUCAAAAGAAAUGACUAUCUUAAAAGCCAUCUAAGGAUCCAUUCAGGAGAAAAACCUUAUAAAUGCUUUGAGUGUGGAAAGAGCUUCAGUUGUAGCAGCAGCCUUUAUAAUCAUCAUAGGAUCCACACGGGAGAAAAACCAUAUAAAUGCCUGGAGUGUGGAAAGAGCUUCAGUUGGAACAGCAGCCUUUAUAAACAUGAAAGGAUCCACUCAGGAGAGAAACCCUAUAAAUGCCUGGAAUGUGGAAAGGCUUUCAAGAGGAAAGGAACUCUGUAUAGACAUCAAAGGAUUCAUACAGGAGAAGAAAAAACAUGAAUGUCUGGAGUGUGGGGAGAGUUUCCCUUCAAAGCAGCAUCUUUAUUCACAUGAAGGAAUCCACACAAGGAAAACCAUAUGAAUGCCUUGAUUGUGGAAAGAGCUUUACUGAUGGUGGACACCUUCAUCGACAUCAAAGGAAUCACAUGGGGGCGGGGAGGAAAUGCUAAAUAUGCCUGAGUGUGCAAAGAUCUUCAGUCUGAUACAUGUCUGACUAAUUAAAUUAAACACAAUGGAGAUCAACUGAAUAAUUGGUUUACUCAAGUUUGAUUAGACACACAAGGAAUUUUCUUCCCGUGCAGAAGUUCUCAGAGUACAUGCAAAGCAAUAAAAUAAUGAUAGCAGAAUAACAGCGGUGGAAGGGACCUUAGAGGCGUUCAAGUCCAACCACCCGCUCAAGCAGGAGACCCUCUACAGUUUGAAACAACUGGCUAUUCUCAAAAACAUCUAAUGAUGAAGCACCCACAACUUCUGAAGGCAAGCUGUUCCACUGGUUAAUUGUCAAAUAUUGGAAUAGCGCCAUCGUGUUACCCCUUGUCCUCCUUAUCUCUAGACUAGCCAUAUCCCGUUCCCCAAACCGUUCUUCAUAUGCUUGAGUCUCCAGCCCUUUAAUCAUCCUAGUUGCUCUUCUUUGCACUUUUUCCAAAGUCUCAACAACUUUUUGUAAUGGGACCAAAGUUGAAUGCAGUAUUCAGAUGUGGCCUUACUAAGAGUUUAUAAAGUGAUACUAAAACUUCA